AUGUCGUGCCAGUCGCUGGCGGCGCGCGCCUUCGCCGAGCCCGACAAGGACCCCUCGCAGUGCGUCUCCUUCCACAGAUCGGUCCGAUUUAGUUCCGAGUCUCGCAGCUCGAACAGGGUCUCCAAUGAGCCGGACUGCAAGAGAGAUGCAUCUGGCGGAAUGUCGCUGUCCAGCUUGUCGGUGACGCCGCUCCCACCAGCGGUGGCCAUGAGCCAGUCUGCGCCGCCAGCGUCCAUCACCUUCGACCUCAACGACGAGACGCCGCCAUCGCUGCCCUCCUGCAGGUUCCCAAAGCUGGAGGAAUGCGCCCAUUUCCACUACGAGCGGGUGUCCUUGGGGGGUCUGAACAUAGAGACGGUGCCAUGCGAAGAACAGUGCGAGGACAACGAUCCCAGCGACGGGUGGAUCUGCCUGAGGGUGCGCUCCCACGUGAGCGGCGACGAGAUCUCGCUGGAGCCGUCGGAGCUGCAGGCGAGCGCCGCCGCCUGGAGCGAGCCGGGCGCGCAGCGCGAGUGGACCCUCACCAGGAGCCGCGACAACUUCCUGCAGCUGGACGACAUGCUGCACAGGUGCAUAUACGACCGCAAAGUGUCCGGCCUGCCGAACCUCUCUGAGGAGUUGCGGCCUCCUUGCGACGACUCGCGCUACCACCAGCUGAUCGGCGACUACGUGCAUCAUCUCUCGAUCAUCGCCGACGACUCCAUCAACUGCGGCCCCGUCCUCAAUUGGCUGCAAAUGGACAACAAGGGUCACAAAUUGCUCGUUGCGAACGAAGACUCGAGCUCGAUCAACACCCCGGCAGUGGCGGCCGCGUAUUCCGUGCGCAAAUACGUCUCCCAGGCGCGGGACGAGAUCAGCUUCGAGGUGGGCGACAUGAUCUCGAUCAUCGACAUGCCCGGGCCCCAGGAGUCGGUGUGGUGGCGCGGCAAGCGCGGCUUCCGCGUGGGCUUCUUCCCGCGCCACUGCGUGGCCGUCAUCGGCGACAAGGUGCCCCGCCACAUGACGCAGCCGCCGCCCAUCGUCGGGUCAGUGGCGGUGGCGCCGAUCAAGCCGGUGCUGAGGAAGCACGGCAAGCUGAUCUCGCUGUUCCGCAGCUUCAUCCUGUCGCGGCCUUCGCGGCGCAGCCUCAAGCAGCAGGGCAUCCUCAAGGAGCGCGUCUUCGGCUGCGACCUCGGCGAGCACCUGCUCAACUGCGGUCACGAUGUGCCGCAGGUGCUGGCGGAGUGCGCGCGCGCCAUCGAGCGGCGCGGCGCCGUGGACGGCGUCUACCGGCUGUCGGGCGGCGCGGCGCUGACGCAGCGGCUGCGCGCCGCCUUCGACGCGGCGGGCGACGCGCCGCCCGACCUGGCGCCGCCGCUGCAGCGCGACCCGCACGCGCUCGCCAGCCUGCUCAAGAUGUACUUCCGGUGCGUGCCACUCCUCCCCUUCAUUCUAUACUCCCGCCUCUACGCUCAAGAUGCACUUCCGGUGCGUGCCACUCCUCCCCUUCAUUCUAUACUCCCGCCUCUACGCUCAAGAUGCACUUCCGGUGCGUGCCACUCCUCCCCUUCUUUCUAUACUCCCGCCUCUACGCUCAAGAUGCACUUCCGGUGCGUGCCACUCCUCCCCUUCAUUCUAUACUCCCGCCUCUACGCUCAAGAUGCACUUCCGGUGCGUGCCACUCCUCCCCUUCAUUCUAUACUCCCGCCUCCUACCUCAAGAUGCGCCUUCCAAGAUGCACUUGCCGGUGCGUGCCACUCCUCCCCUUCAUUCUAUACUCCCGCCUCUACGCUCAAGAUGCACUUCCGGUGCGUGCCACUCCUCCCCUUCAUUCUAUACUCCCGCCUCUACGCUCAAGAUGCACUUCCGGUGCGUGCCACUCCUCCCCUUCAUUCUAUACUCCCGCCUCUACGCUCAAGAUGCACUUCCGGUGCGUGCCCCCGCUUCUCCCUCGGCCGACACUCCCACGUCUCUAUCGAACUGCCGAACCCGCUGUGCACGUACCAGUUGUACGACAGCUUCGUGAGCGCCGUUCAAAUCCCGGACGAGACGGCCAGGCUCAAGGCGAUGAGGGAGACGGUGGUGAAGCUACCACCGCCGCAUUACAGGACGCUGGCGCACCUGAUGCGGCACCUGCGGCGCGUGUCGCUGCUGAGCGAGGCCACGGGCAUGACGGCGCGCAACAUGGCCAUCGUGUGGGCGCCCAACCUGCUGCGCUCGCCCGCGCCGCAGCACGCGCUGCAGGGCGUCGCCGUGCAGGCGGUGGUCACCGAGUUCCUCAUCUGCUACGCCGAGGAGUUGUUCGCGCAAGAGCAGGGCGCUGACUCCGGGCCGGAUUCCCUCGAGCAGGUCCUCUAUCAGCCCGAAAUCUCUCCAUUGUACCAGACCAAUAAGAAUGACACUUUAAAUAUUAAGGAUCACUUCGACUGUCAAGUCGAGUUGCGUGGCAACGAGUCGUGCAGGCGGCCCAAGAGUCUGCCACUCAACCCACCCACAAAGUUGCUCAGCCUGGAGGAGGCGCGGCGGCGUGGCGUGCGCGGCGAGCGGUCGGCCGGGCCGCCCCCGUCGGGCGCCAUCGCGGCCGCGGCCGCCGCCCCCUGCGCGCCCGCCCCCCGCGACCGCGACCUGCGCCCCGCCGCCCACCUCAAGCCCAAGUACAUCGAGGUCGGCUCGGGACCAAACAACCUACCACAAUACCACACUGUUUUGGAUCUACCUCUAUCAGGCGGCAAGCGCGGGCUGAAACGUUCGCCGUCGGGCUGGCGCGGGCUGUUCUCGCGCAGCAAGCUGCAGCGCGCGAGGGCGCCGCCGCAGCCGCCGCCGCAGCCCCUCGCCGCCCCCGCGCCGCCGCACCAGGAGGCGUCGCUGGCGGGCGUGGCGGGCGCCCUGCGGCCCGUGAAGUCGUGCGAGUCGCUGGCCUCCGACACGGACACGCUGCCGCCGCUCAACGACGCGCCCGGGGCGCCGCUCAAGCACCACACCAGGUCGGCGUCUUGCGACUCGUACUUCGAGCCGUGGCAGGCCGAGCUGGCGCACAUGCGGCUCCGGCUGGCGCCGCAGGAGCGCGACCACCACAUGUUCAGCGAGGAGGACGACCACCACCACCAGCGGCACCAGCACGACGACCUGGAGUCGCCGUGCUCGUGCCCAUGCAGCGCCACGCACAGCCCUAGUCGUCGUCCGCUCGGCAACGCCCGUGACACCGACGGCGCAGCGGACGCGGCUGCCGACGCCGACAGGCGGCGCGCCGCGAUGGAGGAGCAGGUGGCGCAGAUGGGCUUCAUCGACGGGGAGUCCCCGCGCGCCAAACCCGCGCCAGAGAAGCGCCACGGCACCGCCGACGCGGACCCCGCCAAGAGGAUAUGCAAAGACAGGGAGAGCCCACUCUCCUCCCUCCAGGACUUCCAGAAUAGUGGGAGCGUGAAACUCAGAGAGCGGCACUCGCCGCGCAAGGGCAAGGCGGCGCCGCGCCACAGCCACCACCAGCCGCCGGCGGCAGAGGAGGAGAGGAACGGGCGGCUGACGUGGCACGGCAGGGAGGGCCACUCGACCCUCAUCAGGAUCGACUGGCCGGCUGACGACGCGGCCAGCUCCGUCCCCUCGGGCCCGCCCACGCCCGCCUACGAGAUCCUGGAGAGCGACUCCGAGCCCAGCGAGAACAGGCGCGGCGCCAGGCCGGAGCGCGACUGCGCCGGCUGCCGGCUGGGCCAGUGCCUCGAGUGCGAGCUGCGGGCGGCCGACCACUCCACCGACGCCAGCUGCCAGAACCUGAACCGCCUCUCCGCCGUCUCCACCUCGUCCAACUCCUCGGGCCGCCGGCGCGACGGCGGCGAGAGCUCGCCCAGCCACUCCAACAACAGCCCCACCAAGCACUCGGACGACCUCUACGAGUGCUUCGACUACAGCAGGCCCACCUACAUCAACCUCCAGUCGUCCAGCACGUCAAAGAGCUCGCCCGGCUCCCCGCUGAGGAGUCCGCUGAAGUCCACCAUCAGCAUCACCUUCCGGUCGCCCACGAUGCCCAAACUGUUGGACUACGAGACCGUAGACAACGAAACGCCCACCAACGAUAGGGACUCUGUGUACGAGGACAUAGAUCUCGAGAAGAACCUGUCGAUCGUCGAGGAGGCGUCGGUGCCGGAGACGGACGCGAGCCUGCCCACGCAGCAGGCGCACCAGCCGGAGGCCUUCGGCGAGGACCUCAUCAUCCUCGAGACGCCGACGGAGAGGACGGACGCGGAGAACAACGCGGACGUGUACAGCCAGGUCAAGUUCUUCAGGAAGAGCAUCGAGGAGGUGAACGCGAUGAUCCUCGAGUCGCCGGAACGGGAGACGGCCGAGUUGGAGCGGCACUACGAGAACGUCGCCUUCCCGGAGCCGAUCGACAGGGACUACGAGAACAUAAACGUGGACGCUUUGAAGAUCCGUGAUAAAGUGGACACAUGCGCGGACGAGGAAACGAACUUCCGCGACGACGACGACACGCCGGAGCGUGACAAUGGAAACGUUGUCAAGCGGAACGCCCACGCGAAGAACCUCAACGUGCGCGAGCUGGCGAUACGCUUCGAGAGCCCCACGGAGCAGAAGGGCCCGUUCACCUUCGACAAGUUCAAGGCCGAAAUCAAAUAUCCCUCUUUGGAGCGCCACGACGAAGACAAAAAGUGCGAGCCAAGAAAAAAAGAGCUCGCCGUCAACCCGCCGCCGCCCCCCUCGCCGAAAACGUACAAACUGUCGAAGAACUCCACGCGAUCGCUGGACGAGAGCGCGUUCAUCAAGGAAUUCGGCGGCGACUCGGACGACAGGCGGAAGACAGGACACAAAAUCGGCAAGCAUAACGCCGACCACGGAGAACAAGAUCUCGCUGGUCCAGCGAUUCGAGAUGAAGAAGCCCGAUCUGAAGAACCUCAUCGGCGCCGAAACGGAGAGGAAUUGAGCCGCGAGCGGAUAGAGAAGUACAAAGAGGAGCGCCGAAACUUCCUUCGCGAGAAGUACAGCUCGCAAUCGUUCCGGAGUAACCCCGAACAGCUGACCAGGAUCAGGAUAAAGAAGGAGACGGAGGAUGAGCGGAGGGUGGAGAACUGCGAGCGGCUGCACGAGGAGCUGCCCAAGUUCGAGCGCCGCAACACCGUGGACCUUGGGCAGAGGAUGAGGUUCAGUCUGGCGCGGAGCAGCAACAAUCUGGACACGAUCCAGUCGCCACUCAGCCCCGUCCGCGACCUGGACUGUCCCACCAGCCUGGACUUCUCCAAGAGGGACGCCAUACGUCGCGAUGACAGGAAGGAGAAGGUGUCCCCAUCGUACAACAUUCGCGACAUGGCGGCCAUAUUCGAGCAGAAGUCGCAGAACAGCAACGGC